AUGCACGCAUCCGCGUACCUUGAGAACGAUGCAAAAGUACUCGGGAAUUUCUUUGCAGCCCGUAGUGACGCAGUUUUUCUCUUCAACUGCUGCGGGGUUCGUGGCAUUGAUGCACUGGCAGAGGGGUUUGAGCUGAUCGUUUUGUUCUUCCUUACCCUGCUCUUCUUCUUCUGCCUGGCCUGUGCCAGCUUCUCGCUCUGGCGUGAGACGGCGCUUCUUGCCGUUUCCCGUUACCUCAGGAUCUGCGAAACUCUGCUGGAGCCUGAGCGGCAGGAGACGCGCCCGAACCUGCAGGCCCACCGCUCAGUUGCAGGGGCAGAGGCGGCGCAGAAGGCAACAUGCAGCCCCCCUUGCCUCUUGGGAAACUGCCCCGUCGCAGGCGUUCCGAAGCACGGCGUGCGUCAUCUUGCGGUCAUCAUGGAUGGAAACCGUCGCUUUGGUAAGCGCACCUCCCAGUGUGUUGUCCCUGCCGCUGCUGUGUCAAAGCUCUGCGAUUCCAUUUUGGAUGAAAAUGGCCCAGCGAAGCCGAGUGGUGAGUGGGGCACGGCCCUUACCUCGCUCCUACGACACACCACGUUAGACGGUCACCGCCGUGGCGGUGAGAAGCUCAUGGAAUUCAUUACUGACUGUCUAGAGCUUAACAUCGAAAUGCUUACGGUGUAUGCGUUCUCCGCCGAAAACUGGGAGAGGGCACCCCUCGAGGUGAAUGUGCUCAUGACACUCUUCUACUUUUUCUUCGAGCGCAUACGGGACUCUGCGAGGGAGAACGGGAUUUUUAUUCGCUUUAUUUCCCCAGUCUUUGAUAAAAUUUCGCCUCGUCUUCAGGAGCUCAUGCGGUGUGUGGAGGAAGAAUCGCGUCGGCACCGCCCCCGUCGCAUUGUUGUCAAUGUGUGCGUUAGCUACAGUGGGCGGGAGGAAGUCCUUUGGGCCUGCAAUCGCCUGUUGCGGCGCGUGAAUAAGUCGACACCAAUAUCGCAUGCGGAAUUUAUGAGUCACAUGCUUCGCAGUAUCACGCAAGACGACCAUGAGGCGGAGGACGCCACAGUUCUAGCGGAUAGUGGCGGGGCAGAGCCGCAGCUUUUGCUCCGCACAAGUGGGGAGCAGCGGCUAAGUAAUUUCUUGCUGUACGAGUGUGCCUACACGGAGUUUGUUUUCAUAAACAAGACGUGGCCGGAGGUCGACAGGGGAGAUCUCAUUCAGCUACUCUGGGACUUCAGCCAACGCGGCAGGCGUCACGGGAGGUGA